AUGCCGGCCACAAUCAUGAUGCAAGAGAAUAACGAACGUGCAAGGCCAGGAAGCAUCAUACCCAAGAGUUCAUCCUUCACAGUCGACGAUGGAAGUUCGAACAGUCAUGAGGAUGUUACGGAACUGAGUCUUGAAGAUUUUGCUGAUUUUGCAGCCCCUCCUGAUUCUGAGGAAUCAGGCAAUGGUCAUCUUCACAAUACCAUUUCGGCGCUUCAGAUUGCGGAAGAAGCGCACAAAUUUCACUGCACGCGACUGACGGCGCCUUCUGCUGUCAACGAAACCCAGGUCGCCCAAGAUCGUCGAAUGCGCCUUCGGUCCAUGAAAAUGACCCACCAGCAAGAAUCCUUGCAAAGCUUGAACAACAAUAGUUUUUCAAAUCUUGGUGGUAAUGAGUCCAAUUCUAGCUCGAACAUUGACUUGGAGGCAACCAGCACUCAUAGCCAAAAUAGCGCCGGCGGUAGCCUCCGUGGACUCUUCAAGCGCGCGGCCUCAACUUCCCCCAAGCCACGUCGCGGUGGGUCCGCUUCUCCCAAACCACAGCGAAGUUCCCCUCCAGCAGGGCAUACUGCCAAGGAUACAUCUCCCACUCGCCGUGUUGGCAGAAUGCCACGCCGCCCGUACUCUGAAGUUUGGCGAAAGAAGGAUAUGGAAUAUCUUCUCAUGGUGGAUGAUGACAGCGAAAUUGAACAACCACCAGCAGGAUUGCCCAAACCAGCAAAAAGGGCUUCUAGGGCACGCAGCGACGAGGGGCGGCAGCAAAAAGCGUUGAAAAAUCCGGUCGCUCUACGAAGGAGUGCCACGGGAGAUGCUGGCACUAUCAGGCACCGGGGUGUGAGACGAAGCUUGUCGGACAAGGAACCAAACAGAUCCCAACGUGGUGUUCGAACUGCAACGGCUGCCCCUCCUCAUCUGAGGAGACAGUCAUCUGCUCGUGCUCUCCCCGAUGGUGGCGCUUCUGCUCAUCUGAGGCGACAGUCAUCUGCUCGUAAUCUAUCCGAUGGAGGUGUCACCGAUGCUCCUGUUAGACUAAAGAGACAAUCCUCCGGUCGGGCGCUCCCUGAUGGCGGUGCUGCCGCUGCCCCUGUUCGUGUAAGGAGACAGUCAUAUGGUCGGGUUCUCCCCGAUGGCGGUGUUACGACUGCUCCUGUUCAUCUUAGAAGACAGUCAUCUUCCCGUGCUCUGCCACGUCGCUCCAGAUCAGGGAGCAAUCCUGCUCGGCGGACCACGUCUGUGGCUGCGUACUAA